AGUAAAUAUAAAUAAAUAAAUGAGAGAUCUAUUCUUUUUGCUGAUUUUACACUAAUUUCUCCAACGAAUAAAAGAGAAUAGUUAAAUUGUGUAAAAAGUUUUGCUACAAGAAACUUGAUAUAAUUCCAUUGUAAUUGUGAUCUUUGCAGGAUAUUGUAAUUUUGUCAAUUAAGAAAUAAGGUAAAUAAAUUGGAAAUGACUGUUGAUUGCGCAGUUAGUAAUGAACAAGUGAUUUUUGUAACGGGAGGUUAUGAUCAUACUAUCAAGAUAUGGCAACCGCAUACAGGAGUUUGUCAACGUACAUGCCAACACACCGAUUCACAAGUUAAUGCAUUAGAUAUUACACCAGAUAAAUAUGUUGUAGCUGCUGCUGGAUAUCAGCACAUACGAAUGUAUGAUUUAGCUUCAAAUAAUCCUAAUCCAGUAAUUAAUUAUGAAGGAGUAUCAAAAAACAUCACUAGUUUAGGCUUUCAGGAAGAAGGAAAAUGGAUGUAUACAGGAGGAGAAGAUUGUUCUGCAAGAGUAUGGGAUUUAAGAUCUAGCAGCUUCCAAUGCCAAAGAAUAUUUCAAGUAUCUGCGCCUGUAAAUUGUGUAUGUCUACAUCCUAAUCAAGCAGAACUAAUUGUUGGUGAUCAAAGUGGAGUCAUACACUUAUGGGAUCUUCGUUCUGAUCACAAUGAACAGCUAAUUCCCGAAGCUGAAUCUUCAAUUCAGAAUAUUGCGAUAGAUCAGGAUGGAACUUAUAUGGCAGCAGUGAAUAAUAAGGGACAUUGCUACAUUUGGACUCUUUCAGGAGGUAUCGGAGAGGAGCCCACAAAACUUAAUCCUCGUCACAAACUUUUAGCUCAUAAACGUUAUGCUCUUCGUUGCAAGUUUAGUCCUGAUUCUACGUUGUUGGUGACGACCUCAGCUGAUCAGACUGCUCGAGUAUGGAGAACAACAGAUUUUUCCGAAGUUCAAGUGUUUCAGCACGAGGCAAAACGUUGGGUUUGGGAUGUGGCAUUCAGUGCAGAUUCGCAAUAUAUAUUUACUGCUUCUUCAGAUGGAAUUGCAAGAUUAUGGAAUGCCUCUACAGGAACAAUUGAACGAGAAUAUCAAGGACAUCAAAAGGCCAUCACAGCUCUUGCUUUUCGCGAUGAAAUUGUUUCUGCGAAUUAGAAAUAGGAAGUAAAUGUUUGUAUUUAAUCAAUUUAAUUUAAUAGUUAUAUUUAAUCUUUCUUUUUUAUGAGAAAUAUUUUAAAUAUAAGAUUAUGUAUUAUAUACAAAAAAAUACAUUGUAUUGUAUAAAGCAUAAUGUUUGUGCUUUUUAAUACUUAUUAAGUAUUUUUUUUUAUCAAGUUUAAUGAAUGUUACUUAUCUUAUAUAUCUUGAAUUUUUCUUUCAUAAUAGAGUUCAUUUAUGUUUCUCUUUUUUAUAUAUUUUGAUAAUAAAUAAGUAUAGGUACUUGUAUAUGCAUACAUUUAUAUUGCGCGACAAUGAUUUACGUGGUCCCGCCGAAGCUCUAACUUAUCGGCCUGAUUUUACUCAGGCAGGAUCGAUAACAUUGAUGAUAAUACUAAAUGCGCGUGCGCUUCGUAAAGAUGUACAUCGGAAGGAAUACAUGUAGUAAUAAUGCAGUAAUAAAAAAUAAUUAAUUCUCUAUCU